AUGAGUUACAUGCGGACUCAGAAGCCUUUACUCCAAAAAUACCCCCAGGAAUGGGUCAAACCCAUUGGAUGGAAGUCUGUAUUCGAAAACUACUACCUCUAUACUGCUAUGGGAUCUGGCAGCUUCGGAGAUGUGUAUCUUGGUAAAACCAAGAUGAAUUCCAAGAUAUUUAUUCGAAACGACAUCAGAAUUUCCACUCUAUUAGAACCUUUACAUGAUCACCACCGGAACCGACUGCCAUUGGUGGCUGUGAAGAUCCUCAAGACUCCCAUCACUUCUAUGGAAGAGUAUAGACGGAGCAAGGAACUCAAGUUUAUCUUGUCGAUUCCUUCUCACCCCAACUUGGUGGAGGUGUAUGAUCUAUUCAUUGACCCUAGCAGCCACCAGGUUAACAUCGUGAUGGAAUGUAUGGGCCAAACCCUCUACCAUUUGGUGGUCGCUAGAGGCAGUUUGAAGUUCAGUCCCGUCACCAUGAAGAGCAUUUUGAGUCAAGUAUUGAACGGAAUCAAGCAUAUCCACAAAUAUGGGUUUUUGCACAGAGAUUUAAAGCCCGAAAACAUUCUCUUGAUUGCCACCAUUCAGUUUUAUGGGGACAAGGAGAAUAUUCCCCCACACCGCAAAUGUGACAGCUAUAUCGUAAAGGUCGCUGACUAUGGGUUGAGUAGAAGCGUAGAUGACAUGUCACCAUACACUUCAUAUGUGGCCACCAGAUGGUACAGAGCACCCGAGAUCUUGUUGCAAAGAGGAUUAUACGGCAGGGCUGCCGAUAUGUGGGCAUUUGGGCUUAUUGUCAUGGAGCUUGUCAAUUUCGCAGCAUUAUUCCCCGGGGAUAAUGAGGUAAACCAAUUGUGGUUAAUUGUCAAAACCCUCGGAAGCCCGCUUUUGCCAGAAAUAACCUACAUUGGCACUAGUCCGACCUAUUUAAUCCCAUUGGGAGGGUUUUGGAGAGAAGCUCAUUCCUUGGCAUCGAAAUUAAAGGUUCUGUUUCCUUAUGAGCGAGGAGUGACUAUUGGUGAGUUGUUUUCGACCGAUAGGUACCAAGGAGUCGCGGAGGUUGUACAAGGAUGCCUCAAGUGGGAUCCAGACACAAGGUCAGAUGCGAAAGCCUUAAGUUCAAUGAAAUACUUCAAAGGCACUUGCACCUAUGAGCUGUACAGGCCUUCGACCCACUUUCGUCAAAAUAAUCACAACCUUUUCUCGGCCGGAAACUACGGUUCAAACAGCUGCAAAGUAAUCAAACCCAAAUAUCUUUACACAGAUUUCUAUGAUGGGUACGAAGGCCAGUUUAUGGGUUUCAACCUGCCCUUGCUUCCUUUUCGCAACCGUUCGUAUUUAAGCAAACCCACCACGGAGUUGUUGGACGAAGAUCACGAUGAGAAUGUAUAUGACCCAGAAGUCCUGGUUGACGUGGAAAUCGACGAAGAGUACUUUGAUUCGGAUGCGUACGACUCUGACCGGUUAGAAAAGCUCUUAUCCAAUGCCGACAAUGAGAACGAGAACAGUUAUCACUGGAAUGGCCCCGCGGAAGACAUGAUCCCCAAACUCCAUCGGCACCAUACUAGAACUAAGACCCCGUUUCACUCGAAAGACCAGUUUCUCAAGGUCCCCAAUUGUGGCUAAUAUGUGUACUUAUAUUAUUGUCUUAAAUGUAAUGUGAAAGAAACCCUCACCUGCGCGCAGCACCCCACAAAAUAUAAUCUCCACCAUAAGCGUACAUCUUCACAACUCCAUAAAAAUGUGUAUUUUGUUGGCAAGCACCGAAAGCCCCGACUACCCGUUCAUUCUAUUGUCUAACAGAGACGAGUAUUUCCGCCGGCCCACCGAAAAUGCCCGGUUCCGGCCCCUCAGUAACAGACACAUAUUAUCACCUGCUGACUUGGGACGAGCAGAGCAUGGAACCUGGAUAGGAGUCGAUACCACCGGUAAACUCGCAGUUCUUGUCAAUUACCGGGAAAGUGAUGAUCUCAACGUCAUCAGUGAAGUGUCUCGAGGAAUUAUUCCGGUUGACUAUCUUUCCAGUGACUUGUCCGAUGAGGAGUGGUAUGAUAACCUCGAGAAAUCUUUGGCUUUACGAAUCGUGGGGAAAAAAGUGGAUUCCAUUCCGCUCAGAAGAGUAGGCGGAUUCUCGCUUCUCUACGGUCAACUCAAGUUGAAUGACCUGGGGAAGAUCAACAAAUUAAACAUCAUCAGCAAUAGAGGUGAUAAGGGAACCGUCUUUGAUUUUGAUUCACCUCCAGACCAUUUCCACUCUAAUGACACGACCAUUGGACUCUCCAACUCUCUCUUCUACGAGCCGUGGAACAAGGUCCAUUUGGGCCGCCGGGCAUUACAUGAAGUUAUAAAUAAGUCAACAGAACAACACUACACCCAACAACAGCUCGUGGAAGAGCUCUUCAAAGUGCUUUCAACAAACUCCUACGACCAGUCGUUUGCAAACAAGUCCAUGAAAGACAAGCUUCUCGGAUUAAGAGAUACAAUCUGUGUACCUCCGUUAGAAACUCAGUUUACUGACAAAGAGUUGAACGACACCAUUGGUAAAUACUAUGGGACCCGGACCCAAACAAUCAUUUUGUUGGAUAAGCAUGGGGUGUUGCACUAUUAUGAAAAAGUUCUUUACUCCAGUGACGAUUUGGCUGCACCAGGCCUGGGGUACCAACACUUCACGGUGAACGUCGCAAAGCAAUAACAAUUAGCUUCAAGGCUUUGAGCGCGAAGUCUUGAAGGAAAAUAGAGUAUAGAAGAUAUAUCAAAUUAAUACAAGAUGAGCCUUGAAACUUUAGAGGAGUAUCCAUUGACCAGUGUGUACCGCAAGCCUGCGCUCAAGCCACUGGCUGUACCUGAAUUGUUGAUUUUCAUUCCUGGGAAUCCCGGGUUGGUCGAGUACUACAUCACCUACUUAGAGUUGAUCCAGCAGGCGCAUCCUACGUUUGAAAUAUACUGUAUUUCCCAUGCGGGCUACCAAACUACAGGCGACUACGUGAAGGAAGGAUCCAAGAAGUAUCCGGUUUACUCGUUGGAUUUCCAAGUCAAGCACAAGUGCAAAAUAAUUAAUGACAUUCUUCAUCAAAAGGGAGGUAAGGCCAAUUUGUAUAUAAUGGCCCAUUCGGUGGGGGCAUUCAUUGUACAAAGGGUGUUGAAGAUAUUGGAGGCAAACAGGGAUGUCCUCGUCAAGUUUGUGGGUUUGAUAUGUCCUACGGUGAUAAACAUAAAAGAGUCGACUUCGGGUCAAGUAUUGCUGAAGCUACUGACGUACUUACCAUUGGUUCAAUUGGGGUUGGUUUUCAGUUACGUCCUCGGUUUUUUGUUCAGCAACAAUGCUAUCAAGUGGAUGUUUCGGAAUUUUGUGUUUUCAAGUCCUAAAAGUGCUACUCGGAAUGCUGCAGAGGCAUUGGAAAACUCAGUAUCUGCGUCCGUGAAGUUGGUUACCUCGGGUCGAAUUGUCAAACAAACGUUGACAAUGGCAAUUGAAGAAAUGGAAAUGAUUUUGGAAGAUGAUGAGCUCAAUGACUGGUUUUUUCAGGAGUUAUCGGCUCAAGGGACCAAGAUAUGGACAUAUUUUGCAUUCACUGAUCAUUGGGUGCAUGAUAACACUAGAAAUUACAUCUUGUCAAAGUACCACGACGAGUCAAAUCCCAACCUUUCGUUUGAAUUGGGAGAUGUAGACGAUGGGAUUACACACAGUUUCUGUGUAGACCAGAGUGAAGAGUUCGCAGAAAUCACUUUGAAGAUGAUGAACCAGUUUUUGUAGGGUAUUUAUAGAAUGUUGUUGAACAGAGAUGCGUUGCUGUUAUCUAAACCUAGUUGCGAUUUAGAUACUUUCUUGCAGCCAAGCGAUGCGAUGGACCAAAAACAAUUUAAAAAUGCGAAGAGAUAAAAAAA